AUGACCACUUCUUCCCUAGAAGAACCACAUACAUGUACUGCAAACAUUGACUCACUUGCUGUAGAAGAUCCGAAAAGUCCUCCGGUAGAUGGGGUCGCGAUCGUGUUGCUAGCUCCAAACAGCCCUGUGGUCGUUAUACCGGAUGUGUUGAAACUACUUCCAAAUAAACCUCCGGUUGUGCUGGUCGUAGUAGCGCUGAUUGCGGGCGAAGAGGUGACUGACGUAGCAGUGACACUGGUGGACGUAGCAGUUAACGUCGACGCGGUAGAGGUAGUAGCUGUUCCGAAGAGACUACUUGUUCCAAAGAGACCAUCUGAUCCGGAAUUUCCCGCCCCCUGGGUUGACAAAAAACUGAACAAUCCGCCUGUAGAUAACUGA